AUGGAAUCAAUUGAUCAAACACCCAUUUCUACUCAACAAACAACUGCAACUACUGGUGUCGUUUCUACCCCAAUCUACAAAGAACCACACAUUCUAGAACGUGAACCUCACAUUCAUCUUUCCACGCCCUUUGACAAGCUUGAGGUACUGUCCGAAUCACUGGUAGACUUCGACAACAUGAAACGCAAUGGCAUAGACCUCACCGAGGAACUAAGAAUGCAGGGGUGGGAAACCUACUUCCAGAGACUCUACGGUCCUGUGUAUACCUAUCUGAUAAAGGAGUUCUGGCACUUCGCAGACUCAGAUGAUCACUAUAUCGUCUCUCACGUUCUGGGAGUCAAAAUAGUCAUCACUAAGAAGUCUAUAGCCUCCCUUAUGAACAUGGAGACUAUAGGGGGAAGAAGAAUCUACAACAUCAAUCCUAGGGCAAAGUACUUAUCCCAAGAAAUAGCCCUUACCAUCUUUCAACAGAACGCUGAAGGCAAACACUCCAAGAACAAAGAACUUCAUCAGAAUCUCCGUGUAUGGAUGAAGAUCAUCCUGGGCACCACCCAUCACCUCCCUACAUCAAACUUCUCUGACUACAUCAACACGGAUCAGAAGUGCAUCCUCUACUACAUUCACAAAGGGCUGAAACUGAACCUGCCAGCGCUGCUCUUCAAGUAUAUCAGAGAUUCUGUCAAGGAUACCAGAAACAAUAUGAAGCCUAGAACUCACAUUCCUCUGAGGAGACUCAUCUCCAAUGUUCUGAUCGAGAGUGGGCUGGUGGAUCACCUGAUCCAUAACAAUCUGAUGGAAGAUGUCACUAUUGACAUUGGAAGACCUCUAAAUGCUCAGAAUCUAAAGAGUAUGGGGGUGAUUGAGCAAGUCAGAACUAAACCAACUCUAGACACUUCCUGGGAAGCACUCAAGGAUCAGAGGAAGAUUCCCAACGGUCUCUACCUUUUCUCCAAGAUUGACCCUCCAGAAGUGGUGGCUCACUAUCUGCAAGACCUUGCAAGCCAAGGGGUGGAUAUUUGCUUAUACAAGACUGACAAAGCAAAGAUGGUGAGGUUACAAACUCACAAACGACAACUCGAAUUUAUUCAAAUGAAGGAAAAGGAGACAAUCAAUGAUUUUGCAGCGACAAUCACUCACUUGGUGAACCGAGUGAAGGCAUGUGGAGAAACCUUUACGGAGCAGCAUGUUGUUACUGAGAUCCUGCAUUCUUUAAUGCCAAGAUUCGAUAACAUAGUUGUUACGAUUGAGGAUUUGAAGGAUAUGGCGACAAUGAGCAAAUAUGAGCUGCAAAGUUCUCUUCAGGCUCAUGAGCAAAGGAUGGAAGAGAGGAACAACGAUAAGGCAAAGGUGGAGAUAGCUUUGCAGGCUCGUUUCAAUGAGAAGGAUAAGAGAUAG